AUGGCCAGAGGAAUUGCUCCCGAGUAUCCCCUCCCGCAAGUACCUCUAUACUCGGUGGAAUAUCCGGGCUAUGUCACAUCUGUACCAUCAGCGAUUAGCCACCUUGGAGGUGACGGCAGACUGCUCUCGGCAUUCAAACGGACUACAGCCAAGCAUGAUUCUAUACUUGAGCUGAACUUCAGGCCUGGCUACCCAUUCUCUCAUCCAAUCCCUGGCGAUGUCGGGCAAUGCAGCAACAUACUGCUCAAGAUAACGAAGAGAAAACGCCAAAGGAUGAAUGAUUUAGGGCAGCAAGGAGGCAGGGGCGAAUACACGGCGGAGGCGGUGGGCGUGAUUACGAAGUCAUCUCGGUUUCGAAGCAUGGCUGACUUUCAGUACGCUCCGAACACGGACGACCCUGUUGCCAAGUUGCGUGCAGCCAUGGAUCAUUUGGAGGUGGAUGCAAUCAAAACUUUCCGCAUGCCCGGCGAAGAGGAAGAUUAUGCCGUACCUGUUCACUCCUUCCCCACUAUAGAUCCAAACCUUUGCCAUACCGAAAAAGAUGUCGCUGCAAAGAGCUUGAGAAGCAAUAUGCGAUUGUUCCCGCCACCGUCAUGGAGCAGGCAACAAAUCCCACAGCUUUACAAUUACAAAUCCAAUCCUGCUUCAGCGGUGAUCACAUCCGUCAACGACGAGACUGGCGAGGAGAAAAGUAGACUUAUCAACCAGAUGAGAUGGAAAGGUCUAGGACCUACAUCUAUCUCAUUUAGUGAUGCCGAUAUUCCGCUUCAUCCACCCGUAACCGCGGAAGAGCGACGCGCUCAAGUCAACCUACAUUUACUCAAACGACUGGAACAUCUAUUCGAGAAGCGCCCAAUAUGGUCACGCACAGCGCUCAUGAAUCAAUUCACGCCAUCAGAAGCGCGGGAAAUUCACAAUUCCAAAUCCAUGUUGCCUCUGGUGUCCUACGUCUUCUCCGGCGGGCCGUGGCGAGAUACACAUGUGCGAUUCGGGUACGAUCCAAGGAAGGAUCCACAGGCACGAUUUUAUCAACGCCUGUACUUUCGCAAUGUCAACCAUCCUAUUGUACGGCCUUCUAUCGUGAGCCGGCGACAGCAGCGUACCACAACGGAAGAAACGGGAUCCGGCAUGCCAGUCGACCGGGACGCUAACCGAAGGUCACAUAUUUUUGAUGGAGUAACACUUACACAAGAAACCGCCGCCUUUCAACUCUGCGAUGUUGAAGAUGAUAUGUUGAAGGAACUCAUCGAAUCCCAGGAUGAACUUCGCGACCUUCCUGAUGAACGAGAUGGAUGGUAUACAACGCGGGGGUUCGAACAGAUAAAAAUCGUCCUUCGACAUAAAUUCUUCUCGUUGGUGGAUGGACACAUCGCUUCGCGAGAGGAAUGCAAGGCGCUACUGGUGCCUGCCGAAGGAGCAACCAAACCUACACCUGCGAUGCAUCAAAGGUCCAAGAGAUUAGGCAGGCACAAUAUGGCCAAAGGUGCUCUGCCACCAGAAGACGCUGCAGCACUACGGUUGCGUGCGACGUUGGACAGGAAGGCCAAACCCCAAGGUCAAAAAACAUCGAAAUGA